AUCCCAAGAACGGUCAACAUGGGGAACUGGACCUACAGCAAGACCUUCGUUCUUCUGUACUAUGCGGUCAUGUGGCCAAGCCCGAAUGUGUACGGAUUAACUAAGCAGCAAGUGGGCCGAUUGAAAAGUCGGAUCUCAGAAGUAAAGGCUAAGAUUGACCGGAUAACAGGAAGGGUUGUGCACAUCCGGGAACACACCUUGUCACAGAGACUUGACAUCACACUGCCGCACGUUGGCUGCCCGGUUGGUACGUACUACAAUCAUGUCAGUGGCGAGGCCACGUGUGAUGUCUGUCCGGUGGGCUCCUAUCAGGACAAAGAAGGACAGACCGAGUGUAUCCGGUGUGAACCGGGAUUCUUUACUGCAGGCAACAACAGCAAGAACGCGACAGACUGCAGGAGCCAGUGUCAGCCGGGGACGUUUUCGGAAACGGGAUUAGAGACCUGCAUGUUCUGUCCAAAGGGCACGUAUCAGAACCAACAGGGAGCCACUGAGUGUAUCCCGUGUGAGGAGGGCACAACAACAGUAGAUGUAGGCACUGUGGACAGGGAGGGCUGUGGUAAGGUCUCCAAAUUCACAAGCACAGUGUACUAUUUAGAAGUAAUAUCUAUUAUCUGCAAAACGAAUGAGGACAAUUUCAUCGGUAAUAUCAAUGUAUAUGGCAUCACACCAUAG